AAUCGUUAGGACUUGUUAGGAUUGUUAGGAUGUGUUUGGCAGUCCUACGGUUUCAUUGGGAGGAAAAUCUAAAAUGUCCAGAAGAGAUGGCAUUUCCGGUAUGUAUAUAUUUUCCAGGUAAAUGUAUUUUUUUAAAAAGUGAACCCCGAUCACAACAAGCCAAAACGCUGCGAGCAGGGUUCGAACCUGCGCGGGAAGAUCCCAUUGGAUUUCAAGUCCAACGCCUUAACCACUCGGCCAUCGCAGCUGGGUGACAUUUGUGCGGUGCACUUUCGAUAUUGAAUCAUCUCACCUCCCGCGAUCAUGUUUUCGGUCUGUGUUCACACCAUGUGUUCGUACAAGGCUGGCCCAGUCUUAGAGAAGGUAAAUGCACGACGAUGUCUGUACGUCGUUGGUCUUACGACGGGAGCACGGCGCGUGGACGACUCUGUCAUUUCUCUACCAAUUCCCCAUUUCCUGCUUCCGUCGCUGCAUCGACACGACGACCAGUCGGUGGUGACCAACUGUAUGCAGGCAAACAAUGGUUAAAGCAAGUAUUUUUAUGUAUUGUCUGGGACGUGGGGGAAAAAACAUUUCAUUUAAAAAAAAAAGAAAAAAGGUAGGAGAUCUGCGAGUGUCCUCCAGUAAAUCCAACCUUCGGUCGUAGCCCCAAGGGUCCGCAAGAGGGCAGCAGUCCACCACAAAGCCGGUGUUUCUAAUGAGCCAAUCAGAUUUGGAUUCAGAGUGUUGUGGGGCUUGAAGUUGAAGUCCAUCAAACCUCGAGGUCAUAGCAUGUGGUCAAAGUUUGAACUCUGACGCAAAUAGUCCAAUGGAAAGUCUUGGAUUUUGACAAACUUGGUAUGCGGACUUGGGGGAACUGGAAAAAAAGGAAGACACGAGGCCAUGUUCUGGAGUUUUGAUCUUGUUGAACUGCUGCUGCAAAAGAGGACUGCUGCCCUACAGGGGUUAGCGAACCAAGUGGCUGCUUAGCGCCCCCCAUGGCCACCAGGGGGCCCCCAACAGGACUUGAAAUGCACCACAAGAAAGCUUGAUUUAAUUAAUAAAUAAAUAAAUAAAUAAAUAAAUAAAUAAAUAAAUAAAUAAAUAUUGAUUAUAUGUUAAAUUAUGUCAAUGGUAAUCAUACAAAAAUGCAAUCUUAUGUUAAUGGCCUGGAAAGCUAAUAGUGGUUUAACCAAUUCCCACUGCCUCUGUUGUUUUACUAGGAUGAAGUAAAAUUUAAAAUCAUCCAAGAAAACAAAUAAACAAAUCAAAAACUGAGCAUAUUUAGGGAGCGGAUAUCUACAGUAUCAGUAUGCGUAAAAUUGACUGCGGAUCCACGGAUACAAAUUUCGAGAAAGGGAAUCAACAGUUUCGACGCAUCCAACAGGGGGGAUGGAUGCACUCUUCCGAAAGGGGGAGUAGGAGUCGGGUGGGCUUACCGUGCAGCGGGAGGAAAAGAUCGUGUGUGUGUGUGUGUGUGUGAGAUGAUGUUGUUGGAGUUUGACGGAGUUCACCAUCCGGCGGACGCACCGUCGGUCGACCCGGACCACCACGUCUCCAUCUCCAUCUCCAUCUCCCUCCGCAGCGCGCUGGGGCCGCACCACGGUCCACGACGUCCCGCCACAGAAGGAUGUUGCGAUGGCUGGUUUGCGGCCGCUUGGGUCCAGUGUGGAUGUGGAAGGCGCUGCUGCUGUUCGUGGCCAUCGCGUUUGCCGGUCAGCUGCUGGGGGUCAUCUUCAACAAGAGCAGUGUCCAGCCGGCUGCUCGCUCCAUUUUCUCGUCCCCUGAUGCCCAGGGGCCCUCUCUGGGCUCCUGUCAGCCCCACAGCCACAUCAUGUUCCUCAAGACCCACAAGACAGCCAGCAGCACUGUGCUCAACAUGCUGUACCGCUUUGGAGAAGAGCGUGACCUCCGCUUUGCCCUGCCGCUGGGCUACCAGCUGGGCUAUCCACUGCCCUUCAACGCUCACAGGGUCAAAGGUUACCGGGGUCCUAGAGCCAUGGAGUUCCACAUCAUGGGCAAUCACAUGAGAUUUAAUAAGCCAGAGGUGGAGAAAGUGAUGCCGGCAGACACGUUUUACUUUUCCAUCAUCAGGGACCCGGUCUCUCUGGCUGAGUCAUCCUUUGCUUAUUACAAAGAAGUAGCACCUGCCUUUCGCAAAGCCAAAAGCUUGGGCGACUUUGCUGAUGACCCUAAGAAAUACUACGACCCUCGUCUCCGCAACAACCACUACGCCCGUAACCUGCUGUGGUUUGACUUUGGCAUGGACCACAACGCCAAUUACUCUCUGGCACUGGCUCAGCAUGGUGAGGCCCUGAUCCGCCGGACAUUCAAGUUGAUUCUGUUGUCCGAGCACUUUGACCAGUCCAUGAUCCUACUGAGACACGCCCUCUGCUGGCCACUGGACGCUGUCGUCUCUUUUAGCCUUAACGCCCGGCAGCAGAAGCCCAGUGGCCUUGGGGGGAUGAGUGGGAGCUGGGUGGGCAAAGCUGCGGCGGCGGCCGGCGUCAGCGUGAGAGGAGGACAUUCACAAGCCAAGACGCCACCCAACCUGUCACUCACAGGGGAACAGCGGGAGAAGCUGCGGCAGUGGAAUGCCUUAGACUGGCACUUAUACAAAGCCUUCAACCAGACCUUCUGGGAGGAAAUCCACAGGUUCGGUCUGGCUGAGAUGCAACAGGAAGUAGCGCUUCUCAGGACGCGGCGGGACGAUCUGGCCAGGGUUUGUCUCAGGGAUGGCGGGAAGCCCGUGGAGGCCUACCGGAUCCGGGAUAAAAACAUCCGACCAUUCCAGAGUGGAUUAGUGAAGAUACUAGGCUAUGAGCUCCAGCCGGGGCUGGACAACACCACCAGAACAGCCUGUCUGAGGAUGAUCAGGCCUGAGAUCCAGUACAAAGACGUGCUGGAUGUUAAACAGUUCCCACGGGAUCCGUCCGUCCAAGCCCAGCAAGGGCAACAGAGCAAGGGGCGCGUUGUCGCAGCCGGUGGCUCUUUUUUAAGACAAGACUCAUCCAGAACAGGAGAGAGGCUGGUGGGGGGAGAAACGGGGGGCAGGACGGUGGAGGAAGGGGCGCGAGACUGGGAUGGAAGCCAUUUAACCCGGACCAACCAGACUUUGACGCGAGGACAAGAAAAAGGAAGGUUGAGAUAGGCUGAGGUGAGUCUCGUUCCUAAGUAUGGUACCUUUGGACUAUGAUCAGAAGGAAACUGAGCCCAGUGGUUUACACACGAGAAAACAAAAAGAUCCUCCUUUGCACUUCAACCUUUGGGUCCUUUUCUUGUUUUGUUUUUUGAAAAGUGUCUCUGCUCUUAGCAAGUGUAAUCCUUGUGGACUUGACCUUUAACCUCUGAGCGCCUGAGCUGCUUUUGUGGCUGCAUUGACAUGCUGAAGGACGCCGGUGUGUGCUGUCUCAACAGGAAGGGAAAGGCCCGCUUUGUUUUUUAUGAGGAGAAGUCGUCCUGCUGCCGGCGGCUCCUUCUGCUGCUGUUCAUCACACAGUCAUGUGACAGCAGACACGUGGAAGCCUAUUUGUUUUUCCCACUCAUAUUCAUACUGGUAGUCCUAGUUUGUGCCUCUCAUGGGUGCCAUUACACGAGCACCGGUAUUUCCAGAAUCCUCAGUUAAAACGAUGUUUAACUUGUUUCUAAAGUUGUUCAAUCAAAACAAAGAUAGUAGCCAGAAAUGUCACAUUUACUAUCUAGGGGUACGAUGAGCAGUGGGAAAUUGUAUAUAAUGCACAAAAUGAACAAGGACAUACACAGCAUGUUGUUUCCAUCCAAAAAGAAUCCAUGCGAGAUUCUUUUCAUUCAGAUGAUGAGAAGAGUCUUUGUGACAAUUCUGUGUUAUUUUUUUUGUCCAACCUUUUCUGGGGUCUCUAUCUUUCAGAAACCUCUGUGACUCAAGUGUAACACAUUAGAGGACACACUAGGGUCAGAGUGUGUACAGUAUAUAGCACUAAUCUUUUUUCAGUCUGUGCGGGCUGGUGGUUUUUCAGUGGUUCAGCUUCAGACUGUUAACCUGAACAGCGUUCUUAAAUAUCUCUGAAUAAUACAUGAGGGGAAAACGAUCCGAGGUCUGCGCUUCUGUUCUGAGCUGCUUGACACCCACCAGUCUGCAGGAGGCUGCUGAGUGUCUCCAUCUGGGCCCCGUUGGUUUCUUCCACCAAUCUGCUGAAGUAGAUGUAAUGUAUCCAUCAUCUGACACAUUGUAGACACACGCCCAUAGAGAGCUGGCUUCUUUGACAUGGAAUCAGGUCUCCAGGGAAAUCAAAUGACGUCUUCCUUAUGACGUGUUCCCUGAUUGUUUUAAUAAUGUCCUCCCCGAUCACGGUGCAUCAUUUCAGCAGGAAUUUAGUAAUGUAGGUCGGGUGCAGUGUGGCUUUGUAACAAAAACAAAAAGUGUGUUUUUAAAUUUGACCUUUUGACCCGACAAACAAAAUUCUAUUAUUUCAAGAGGACACCAGUGCUGCUCGUGAGCUUGCCAUGGUUAAUAUAACACCCAAAAGACAAAAUAGGAAAUACGUAUGAAACAUAUUCCAAAAAUAUGGAUACAAGCAAAUAUCACCUCAUUCUCAAUUUUCUCACACAGGCACAAGGUAGCUCCAAAAGCCUGGGUCACCUGGAACUGGUUAACGUUCUCGCUCAUGGGAAGUGAACUCACUGAAUUACUUGAGAACUUGUCAGAAGCUGUGCACAAAGUCAACGCGACACGAUGUGACUUUACUACGCAUGCAGCGCCCUCGGCAGCCACACCCGGCGAUCAAUCGUGUGCUGGGCUCCGUGUCCGAGCAAUUGAGCGGUUUUCUCCAAUAAACAAAGCCCUCACUGGGACGUCCCACUGACUGAACCAGAGCGGCGCCCCCCCCCCCCGACUUAGAGAGUUAGAACAACCUCACCGACCCUGACCUCAUAAAAUCCAAGAUGGCUGCUCUUCACAUCAACAGUAAAUGAAGCAACGAGUAAUAUACUGUUUGUUAGCUGCUCUCAAAUCAGUCACACACACACUACUGUCCAACUUCUAUCUGUGGACAUGUAUGUGCAAAAAUAACACGUGCUGUACCGUUGCUGUUGUCAACUGGUAUCUCUUAACAAGUUUUUCCUGGAGGUGUCCAGUUUGGUUUUCUGACCCACUCAGGUGUCAUGUCAUUCCCAGCUCUGACUUUCAAAGUAAAGGGAGCAGAUCAGUAGUGUCAUGUGUUGUCAAAUGAUCUGUGACGGCUGGUUUGUAACACAUGUAUGAGACCGUGUUGAAAUGGUGAUGCUGCUUCUUUCCUAAUGAAAACACCAGUUUCACAUGAAGAGGCUGAAAGUCUUCAGGCGUGUGAGUGUUAAGCACUACAAAAUACUUAUCCGUACAAGUAUUAUCCUAAGUAGAAUUCAAUAAAAAUUAAGUUUCAACUGAGCCGCGUCUGCAUCUCGUACAACGCUUGGACCUUGAAAUAAACACACACACACACACACACACACACACACUAACACCACUCUGAUGCAGAAACAGAUUGGAGGAGGUCCGAGACUGAACGUAUCAGUUUCUGUGGUGACUGUAAAGAACAGAAGAAGUUCAUUGUUUGCAUGUGACCCGGUCCAGAGUGCAGGAGCAGUGGGCCUGGGGUGUCAUGUGGUGCGGGAGGACUGCACACAAACUGGUCUGUGUUGAUAAUAUGAAGUCAUUGUUUGUUCAUAUUUUGGCCCUGUACAUUCUGUAUUGUACAUUGUGUUCUACAUGCAGCAUUCGUGUUACAGUAAGGAAUUAAGACACACAACUGGGCUGCACAGUGUUCUGGUUCAGGCGUGUACCAGCUGGUCGCAAGGUUACGCAUGCAGGUAUGGAGAGAAGUCGGCGAGUGAGUUGGUGCUCCGACUGCUUGUCUCUUUCAAGCAUCCAACAUUGGACAUUUGCCUCGUUUGAUGCAAAUGGUCCCUGUUUGUCAUCCUGUGCAGUGUGAAUAGUGUCACCUUGUGGGGCUGGGAGUAGUGGGGGUGUACUGUGGGGUCUUUUGAAUGGCAAGCUCCGCUGUAUCCUCAGAUUGUUCAGAGUUUUACACUUAAAUAGUUUGGACACCGGAUAAAAGGGAUGAUGAAAAAAAAUCAAAACUGGAUUUUGUCAGUCCCCUUUAAUUUAAUCAAGCUGCCCCAAAUUGCACACACUCACAGACAUCAGGCUCCUAAAUAUGCCUGAUAUUUUUGAUCUCACAAUGUUAAAAGAAAGUGAUAAAAACAAUUUCUGGAUUCUCCCCUUGCUCUGGAUCCGCUCCACAAUUCAUGGGGUGCUUUCUUGGCCCAUGUCCCAUUCCUUCCAACGAUUUUCCUGUUCAGUAGUUUUUUUGUCAUCCUGCUGACAAGCAAACAAACAACAUAUGCUCCACCCGGCAGAGGCAAUUAAAACUUUAUAUUUGUUUCACAAUUAUCUGAGGGUCAACUAGCAGACAAAUUUGCCUCGGUUACAUAAUACAUCAUCAUAGUGCUGUUCGUAUGCAUAAUGGAGCCCAGCCAAUAGCCAGUCCCGAUCCUGGAAGGCCACACUGCAUCCCACUCGUCUCAGUCGCUCAUGAUGAAGUGAAUGACUGUAAAAUGUCUCACUGGGCCCAGAAAGGUCUCCUCCAUUAAGGUCAACAGAAAGCAUGUGAAAUCAAUAAUGCACCAUGAUUCCUUCCUUUCUCACAGCCUGCAGAGCUGCAGUGUCUUCAGUGCCUCCGCCUGGAUCACUGAAAGCCACACUGUCAGAUAAACAUAUUCCAUUAGGAUCCCUGGAUUUGAAAAAAUAUUUAUAAAUGGCCUUGAACAUUUUUUUGGCAGUUCAGUUUAGACACUUCUUUCAGCCAAAAAUACUCAAAAAUAAAUCUCUGAUAAACUGUCAGUGUAUUGGUCAGGCUCUAAUGCAAGAGAUGGAAACCAAAUUUCACGAAAUGUGUUUCUGACUGAUACAUGUGCAUUUUCUUUCUUUCUUUCUUUCUCUCUUUUUGAAACCCAUGCUCCAAAGCCACCAUCAAAUAUAGAUACGAAACUCCCGAUGGGGCACGCGGUCCCGACAGUCUCACCGAACAUCGGCUUUCUUCAGGGCCGCCCCUCAGUCCAACAUGUCAACUUUGGAUAAGUUGCUUUAAAAUAAGCAAGACAGCAAUGAGCCCACGACCUUUCCUCUGGUGCCAACAUCAGGACCAACUGUACACGUGUGGUUCCACUGCUGACAGCUGACUUUGUCCAAGUCAUGGAUAUAAUGUGCAACAAUGCAAUAAUUUGAUUGUGAUGAGAUAAACAGGCCCCACAUGCUUGUGUUACAGUGAAUAACCCGACUACAUCUAGCGGAUGUUUGCCUUUCUAUGACACCACUGAUCAAUAAGCUGCUGGAGAAACAUUAAUGCUAGGACCCUUUUUCAUGCCUUAGGAUGUCAUCUAAAGGACCAUGGCUUUAAAACAAUGUCCUUCUGUAUUUAUUAUUCUAUUUGCCAUUUGUACAUACUGUAUUUAUCAGGGUUUGUUCUCUGUAGAGGGGAGGAGUGUGCCUGUCGCACUGUGAUGGAAUUUAGUAUUGACGAUGGUGAGAAAACAUUGAUCCAUGUGUGCAGUCAGGAGACAGGAAGUAACUCAGGCUCGGCCGUAAUUCAAUAUUGUCGUAUUUCCUUUCAUGUGUGAUUAAACCAACAUCCAAUGGUUUAGUCACACACAUUUAGAUUGUCAAGAGAUUGCUGCUUUAGAAACAUAAGGAGUUAGUGAAGAUGAUGUGUGAAGAGGGAAGGCUCGCUGCACGCUGAACACAAGUUUGGUUAUUUUACCUGUGAACCUUGAAUACAUCACAACUUGGUAUCGAUUUCAGUCAUGUCGCCCAGCCCCCUCCUUCCCGACCGACACACAACCGAAAUAUUUACACUAUUGUCUUGACCGAGUGUUGUCAUCUCAAGUUAUUGUUUAAUAUUUCAAAUAAUGAUGAAUAAUGAUUGAAUCACAAUAUUGAAGUAACCAUGUGAAAAGUAAUUUUGUAAAACACGUUAUUUUAUUAUAAGUUUAAGGUUUUAUGAUCAAGACAAAAUAUGCUCUAGUCCAUAUCUUGUUAUUAAGAGAUUGAAAUUGAAAACUAGAUGUACACAAGUAUGUGUAACCCCCACUUACACUCCCAAUUAUACAAAUGCAUUUUCUGCCAAUAGGUAGAAGAAAAUAAACUGCUUGAUUUUCAUGGCUGUCUUCCCAAGCUCUGUUUUUAUUCUUCCAGCAGAAAUCUGGUCCCAACAUUUUUACUGAUAUGGUACUGUGACUUAUUUUGUAGCUUGUUACAAGUUUUCAUGUGUGAACAUGUAUAUAGUGCAUACGGAUGACGCAGGUUGUGUGUCAAACCUCUUUCAGUCUCAGUUUUCAGAGGGCAGAAUGAGCACAGGCUCUAGUGUGGUACACCUCUGAUAAUGCAAACUUCAUUCAAACAGCUUCCAUCUCUGCCUUCUAUCCCCACGUCCCGGGGUUAUAACAGACAGGAAGCACUUGAAUUUUCUCUCAAAUGAUUACAGAUUUGACUGGUGAGGAAGUGCAAGAGUUGAUUCAGAGAGCAACUGUGUACCCUGACUUGGAUCUUACUUGAAACUGCAUAUAUUUGUUGAACCUUGUAGUAGACCACACUCUUUGUGUGCAUCCACUUAGUUGUUUUUUUUUCUUCUUUUUUUGUUCUGAAUAAACGCAAACAUUUCUUUAAAGUCA